AUGGCCGCCGCAAGCCAAAUGCACAACCUCACGACGCUGAUCAAGAGACUCGAAGCUGCCACCUCGCGCCUCGAAGACAUCGCCACCUCGACCGAGCUCCCCAAGGAGGUCGGCGCCCUCGCCGCGCCCGCACCCUCGUCUUCCGCCCUCAACAACCCGGAUGCCUCGGCCAUCGGAGCACCGCGAUCCGCGUCGCAGCCCGUCCCCGAGGAGCUGCCCGAGUCGAUUGAGGACUUUGACGCUUUUGUCGACUCGACCGUCGCCGACUAUGUCCAGCGCAGCAAUGAAAUUGGAGGCCUCGUCGCAAAGCAAGCCGCCGACGUGCUGGCUGGAUUCAAGGCCCAGCGUAAAUUUCUGCUCAUCACCACGAAAUCCAUAAAGCCCGACCUACAGGGCGCCGACAUGGCAUUGUACCAGGACCUCCUCAAACCCAUCAACGACUCGCUCAUGGCCGUUACCGAACUCAAGGAGGCCAACCGCUCUGACCCAAUGUACACACAGCUGAGCGCCGUUGCCGACGGCAUCAUGGUCCUCGCCUGGGUCACCGUUAGCCACAAACCGUAUACCCACGUUGAAGAGUUCCUUGGAUCCGCUCAAUUCUUCGGCAACCGCGUCAUCAAGGAAUACAAAGACAAGGAUGCCAGCCAGGUCGAAUGGAUUCAGUCCUUCUACCAAAUAUUCAAGCAACUUCGCGACUACGUCAAGCAGUACUUUGCCAAUGGCAUUCCGUGGAACCCCAAGGGUGAGCCAGCUGCUGCGGUCGUCCAGGCGCUCGACUCGGCCCCCAGCCCUGCCGUGUCUGCACUCCCAGCUCCCUCUGCUGGUGGCCCACCCCCUCCCCCUCCUCCGCCACCGCCUGGCCCUGCUCCGGUCCUGGAUAUCAAGACCGACAAUGCUGCGCCCGCCGCGUCCUCUGCACCAAGCGGUCUCGGGGCCGUCUUCUCAGACCUCAACAAAGGUGAUUCCGUCACAAAGGGCCUGCGCAAAGUCGACAAGUCACAGAUGACACACAAAAACCCUUCGCUGCGUGCCAGCAGCAGUGUUCCCAGCGGUAACGAUCGCUCUAAGAGCCCUGCCCCGGGCAAAAAGCCCAAGCCUCAGAGCAUGCGCAUGAAGAAGCCUCCCAAGAAGGAACUUGAAGGCAACAAGUGGACUAUCGAAAACUAUGAAAAGGAGCCGCAGCCUAUCGAGAUUAAUGCCGAGCUCAACCACUCGGUCCUCAUCAGUCGUUGCAACAACACAACCAUCAUUGUCCGCGGCAAGGCCAAUCAAGUGACGGUGGAAAACUCAUCUCGCCUGUCACUCGUUGUAGACACGCUCGUGUCGACAGUCGACGUGGUCAAGGCGCAAAAUUUUGCCCUGCAGGUUCUGGGCACGAUCCCGACCGUCAUGAUGGACCAGGUCGACGGCGCCCAGAUUUACUUUAGCAAGGAGAGCAUUGGCGCGCAAAUCUUUCACAGCAAGUCGGACAGCAUCAACCUCAAUGUGAUUGCGGGGCCCGACGACGAUUACAAGGAGGUGCCGCUGCCGUCGCAAAUGUGCACGUAUUUUGAUGCAGAAAAGGGCGACUUGGUCAAUCAGAUUGUGGCCCAUGCUGGUUAA